AUGUUCCCAACUUGGGCAUCGCACUUUAUCACUCCGAACAUGAAGUCACAACCUGCCGUUUGCUACACAUUUGCCGUAUAUCCUGAAGAUGGAAAUACUCUUGAUUUCGAGGAUGAUUUAUCUGGAAACCUAAUUAUUUCUGAAACUAUGAAAUAA